GGGCGUGGUUAGUGGGCGGAGUUGCGGUACCUGGGAUCUUGCUCAUGUCAGACGCUGUAUCGCUCAUGUGGCUGAGCCCGGUCGCUGCGUUCUGCUGCUGCUGUGGGAUUCUGCUGCUCCUCCGCCGGCUGCCCCGGGCAAUCAUGGCCCCCACUGAGAAACCCUUCUUCAGGAUUGCUUACAGCCUUUACACUAAGACCAGACUGGGUUACCUCUUCUACAAGCGGCAGCUAAAGAAAGCACGUGAGCGCUAUCCCCACGGGCACUCGUCCGCCCAAGCCUUCGUAUUCAGCGGGGUUAAAGUGGUGCCCAUUCCUGUCCUUUCUGAUAACUACAGUUACCUGAUUAUCGACACCGCGUCCAGCCUGGCUGCCGUUGUGGACCCUUCUGACCCUCUAACUGUACAGGCCUACCUAGAGCGGGAAGGGGUGACGCUGGAGGCCAUCUUGUGCACCCACAAACACUGGGAUCACAGUGGAGGCAACAAGGCACUAAAGAGGCUGUAUAAGUCUUGUCGGGUGUAUGGAAGCUCCUAUGAUGACAUCCCGGAACUGACACAUGCCCUGUCCGAUCGGGAGCAAUUGUCGGUCGGGAGGCUCCAGUUCCAGGCGUACUUCACCCCGGGUCACACUGUGGGCCACAUGAUUUACGUGUUGGAUGGAAAAUCCGGAGAUGGACCAGACUGUCUCUUCUCUGGGGAUCUGCUGUUCCUCGCUGGAUGUGGGAGAAUGUUUGAGGGAUCAGCAGAGACCAUGCUCGCUUCCCUGGACACUGCGGCGUCCCUUAAUGACAGCACUCUCCUUUGGCCUGGCCACGAGUACGCGGCAGACAACCUGACAUUUGCAGCCGUGGUUGAGCCUGAGAACAGCGUCCGGGACAAGAAGUGUCAGUGGGUUCUGCACCGCAGACUUGAGAAGAAGAGCACGUGCCCGUCCACCAUCGGAGAAGAGAAGGAGUAUAACCCUUUCCUGCGCACCCACUGCAGAGACCUGCACCAAGCUCUAGACCUCCAGCGAGGGGCCAACGAGGACUGGAAUCACUUUCGCGCCCGGGUUCUGGAAGAGGUCCGAAAGAGGAAGGACCUUUUCAAAGAGAGAUAGACCCGUGGGCUCGCCGCAAGAGAACUGUUGUGUGGGCCGGAGAGCCGGACAGUGGAAUCAACAUUAAUAAUAAUAAUAAUAGUAAACCAACUACAUUAGAUCUGUGCAGCUUUGCUUCCAUGUUUGGGUCCAGACAAAAGCGGAACCUCAAUGCCCAUUCCCUCGUGCCCUCUAGUGCUGCUCAAUGGCACCGCCGCUUUCAGCAACUUGUUUUGGACCUUCCCCACAGGGAACUUCAGAUACGGUUCUGUAUCACGUUUACUGUUUAAUUUGGGUAAAUUGGAAAGUGUUUUGCACAUUUAGCCUUUAGAAAUCUGCUAUUGGUUAAGGCGGGUGAUGUCUUUCUGAUGCCAACCUCUGCCCCCCCGGUGCCAUGUUAUGCCCUAUAUUCUUGGGCUCUAUCUCAUGCUGGAUUAAAGAACAGAGGAAUAUAUUGUAAAAUGAACUUUAUGAAACCGGAAUUGGGGAAAUAAAACACUACUUUGGGGUCAGCCACUAAAUAUAAAAAGCUUCAAGCCGCAGUAAAGCUGCAUGUAUAGCUGGAUCAUUCUAUCCCACAAAGAAUAAGACAUCCCAAGUCAUCAGAACGGCAAUGGGCACAACUGGACUGUUCUAUUCCAUGAAGUAUAAAACAGUCCAAGCCAGCAGAAUGGCAAUGGGCACAACUGGACUGUUCUAUUUCAUGAAGUAUAAAACAGUCCAAGCCAGCAGAAUGGCCAUGGGCACAACUGGACUGUUCUAUUUCAUGAAGUAUAAAACAGUCCAAGCCAGCAGAACGGCAAUGGGCACAACUGGACUAUUCUAUUCCGUGAAGUAGAAAACAGCCCAAGUCAUCAGAACGGCAAUGGGCACAAUUGGACUGUUCUAUUCCAUGACGUAUAACACAGCCCAAGCCAGCAGAACAGCAAUGGGCACAAUUGAACUGUUCUAUUCCACAAAGAAUAAGACAUCCCAAGUCAUCAGAAUGGCAAUGGGCACAACUGGACUGUUCUAUUCCACAAAAUACAAAUGCCCAAGUCGGCAGAAUGGCCAUGGGCACAACUGGACUGUUCUAUUCCAUGAAGUAUAAAACAGCCCAAGCCAGCAGAACAGCUGUGGAAUACAGCUGGAUCAUUCUAAUCUACAAAAUAUAAAACAGUCCAAGCUGUCAGAACAGUGUGGCCAUGUUGGACUGUUUUAUUCCACAAAGUAAAAAAAAACAGUCCAAGUCUCAGUACAAUGUGGGCACAAUUCAAGUGUUCUAUUCCACCAAGUAUAAAACAGUUCAAGCCAGCAGAACAGCUGUGGGUACAACUGGAUCGUUCUAGAUCACAAAGCAUAAAACAGUCCAAGCUGGCAGAACAGAAUGGGCACAAAUGAACUGUUCUAUUCCAUGAAGUAUAAAACAGUCCAAGUCAGCAGAAUAGCCAUGAAAACAACUGUUCUAUAGCCUGGACUUUGGCCUGGAUUCUGGGAGACAGCUUGGCAGUGCCCACUGUUACGCAAAGGAUGUUGCCCAUGUUGCAACCUGCACCCCCUGAAAAUAAUAAUGUUUAAUGAGUCGUUAAUUAGAAUGAAACCAACCCGUCAGAACUUGGGACAAUCCACCAACACCCCCUGCAGGGCUCGCGGCCAGAAUAUGAUUUUUCCUAUUAAUUACUGAGGUUUUAUUUUGCGUUUGGGUUUUUAUGCUUAUCCUGAGGAUUCCUAUAAAUGUGAAAGAGGGGGGUGCAAACCAACGUCUUCCUGACCCCGCCCCCCUCAGGCGUGUGUAAUUGCACAUACAUGGAUCUAUAGCGCUGAUCCAAGAUCCAUACCUCACUUGUUUGAGUUAUACAUUGGUUGAACUAAAGAACUUUGAUUUUUUUUAUUGAUUUCCUGUAGAUUUUGUCAUUUAAUUGAGAAUUUUUAUAUAUAAUUUUGUUAAAAGGCUUUUUUUUUUCCCCCCGAGUUUUGGCAUGGGUCUAAACACGUCUGUCCGUAUGUUCUCAGAACAACAGGCUCUGUCAACUUCCGUGUAAUCGUAGUCACAUGAAUAAAUCAGGGAAGGUGAGUGCCCCAGUGUGCCGCUCGGUGUCCCCGUUGGCAUGCAGAGUGGUACGUCCCACUCAGGGGUAUCCCCAAUGGUAUCCCAGAAAUCCCCUAUGUUUGUGUAUGUGAGACUGUUAGAAGUGGCAGCAGUAAUAAAACACUAGUGUCCGUCUGUGCAAA